UUGGUAUUUAAAUACCAACCCAAAAGUCUGUACGAAUAAAUUGUUUACAUGUCUGAUAUACAAUUAAAUCCUGUAAACAAACCCAUUUAAUAUUCAAUUAUGCAAAACUUCAGCGCGCGUGAAAAGUUUUUGAUUACAAACACCUUGAACUGUUUGCCCGUUUUGCUCCAAGGACGCGCUGUGCUCAUCGAUCUGCACAAUGAGACUUCGGUGGCGGGCAUCAUAAAUAUUGCCGACGGCCACAUGACUUGCGAAUUGGCAGACGCCGUCUUUAUAGAUCGCAAUGGGGAACAGCACGCAUUCGACAAUUUUAUGGUUCGAAAUCGUAUGAUUCGUUUGCUACAUUUGCCUGCGGAUUUGGACAUUAGAACGGAAUUGUUGCAGCAGCAGCAAAAGCGAUCGGGCAGAUUCAAGAAAACAAAUACAAAGCGCACGUUCAAGCAAAAGCGAGCCGAAGAUCGUCACAAGGAAACUCUGGAUCACAUUAUAAAACAGCAAAACGAUAAUAAAUAAGACAAGUUAAUUCUCCAUAUAAAUCCCAAGCUUCUUAGAUUGAAGUUUUAAUGUA